AUGGGCCGUCCCGCUUCCCUCUAUUAUCUGCUGAAGAGGCGCACGUUGGCUGCUGACCCGUGGAGGCCACUAACUUGGUUUUGCUGCAGCAGCAGCAGCAGCAGCAGCAUCGGAAGCAGCAGCAACUGCUGCAGCACGCGUUAUGCAGCAGCUGGGAGCCUUCAUAGACUCGCGUGGGGCUCGCAAGGGACGGGAAAGAGGGCGGGCAGCAGCAGUCUGGCAUUAAGAGCUGUCUGUACACUUGCACAGCCAAAUCUACCUGCAGCAGCAGCAGCAGCAGCAGCAGCAGCCGCAGCAGCGGCAGCAGCAGCAGAUGCAGCUGCUACAGCUGCAGCUGCUGGAGAGCCCGCAGACGCAGCGAGGAUUCCCCUCGUCAGUUUGCGUUUGGAGCUCACUAGAGCGCAGCAGCUGCUGCAGCAGCAGCAGCAACAGCAGCAGCAGCAGAAAGCUGCGCGGCCUUCUGCUCCGUCAUUGGCAAACCCUACAGCUGCUGCUGCAAUUGCUGCAGCCCUUGCUGCUGCCCGGAGCUUGCUGCAGCAUCUGAAAAGGCGGCAGCAGCAUGCACGCGCUAGGAGUCUGCAGCAGCGGCAGCAGCAGCAGCAGCAGCAGGCAGCGCUCAGCCGCACCGCAAGCAGCAGCAGCAGCAGCAGCAGCAGCAAGGACGUAAGCAGUGGCAGCAAAUUAAGAAAUGAAAAUAAGAGCCUCACAGACAAUUCAGAUGAGCAGCAGCAGCUUUUAAAGUGCCUCAGUUUGCUGGCGGCAAUCGUGAGAGAAGCUUCCCCCCACGGAGCAGCAGCAGCAGCAGCAGCAGCAGCAGCUGCUGCUGCUGCUGCUGCCCAAGAAGUUGCUGCAGUGCACGUGGAGUCCACGCGCGUCGGCGUGCUGCUGCUGCAGUGUUUGCUGCGCUGCGUAGAAGCCAAAAAGCUGGGGGUGGCUUCUUUGCUGCUGCACAUUCAAGCAGCAGCAGACUCUCUAGCAGCAGCUGCUGCAGUGCAGACUCGUCUUAACAAGCUGCAGCAGGAGUUGCUGCAGCAGCUGCAGCAGCAGCAGCAGCAGCAGCAGCAGCUAACCGUUUGGAUAUGGCAGCAGCAGAUCGAGCUAGCUGUUCUCUUAAAGAGAGCAAUGCGGCUGUUUGCUGCUCUUCUUCCACCCGUUGCUGAAUCCUGGCAGCAGCAGCAGCAGCAGCAAAAACAACAACAAAAGCGGCAGAAGCAGCAGCAACAGCAACAGCAGCAGCAGCAGCAACAACAACAGCAGGUGCACUGCCGAUCAGGGCGGCAGAGGUCUCUGCAUCCACAGACACAACUGAAGCAGCAGCAACAGCAGCAGCAGCAACAACCGCAGCAACAGCAGCGGCAGCAGCAGCAGGGGCAACAGCUGCCGUGCGGCGACGGUGCAGGAGCUCAUCUGGCGGCUGCUGCUGCAGCUGCACGUGCUGCUGCACCUGCUGCUGCUGUUCUUGCUGCUGCUGCUGCUGCUGCCCCUUGUGCUGCCAGAGCUGGGGCCGCAGGACAUGAAGCAGCACUUGUGUCUAUCAAAUGCUUCAUAGUCAAUGCGGCUCGCUUGGUGGAGCAGCGGUGGCAGCAGCAGCAGCAGCAGCAGCCGCAACAGCAGCAGCAGCAGCUGCAGCAGCAGCAGCAAACUAGCCUUCAGGGGCUCCCUAGUUCGGCCCAGCUGCCAGCAGGCGAAGUGCAGCCUCUUGCUGCGCCGGCAAGUCCUGCUGCACCUCAAUAUGUAGCUAGCAGCAAGCUGGCAGCAACUGCAGCAGCAAGGGAAGCCGCAUCGCCGGCAGCAGCAGCGACAGCUGCUGCAGCACCUGCUGCUGCUGCGGACGCAGAGCUCAAACACCUCCCCGCGCUGCUGCUGUGGCUGCUGCCUUCUGUCUUCACCAUAAUGCAGCAAAGAAAAAUGGCCCAUAUAGAUGACCUGUGGCGUGCUGCUUCGCUGCUGGUCAAGCAGCAGCAGCAGCAACAGCAGCAGCAGCAGCAGCAGCAGCAACGGCAGCAGUGGUGCCUGCAGCAGCUUGAUCUGCCCGAAUUAAGUUUGCUGCUUAUUGCGACGGCGCGGCUUUCUGCUCUGCAGCCGCCGCUGCAUCAGAGCUGCGUAAAAGCCGAGCAUUCAUCUGCUGCUGCUGCUGCUGCUGCUGCUGCUGCUUGUAGGCUGCCGCUGCUGCAGCUGGCUGGCUGGUGUUCCUUGCGAGCAGCAGAGCUGCUCUCAGCUGGACGGUGCGUAGAAGACUCACGCUGUGCUGUUGCGCCCACGCUGCAUCUGAGGCAGCAGCAGCAGCAGCAGCAGCAGCAGCAGCAGCAGAGCCAGAAGCGGGAAGGUGAGUGGCAGCAGCAGCAGCAGCUGCUGCUGCGGGCGCCGCGUCCCUGGUUCCGCCCGAGUUGCAUUUUGCUGCUCGGCCUUACUCGCUGGCUGCAGCAACAGCAGCUGCUGCUUCCAGGCUGCUUGCUCAGCAGCAAAGUGCAGCAUGCGCUGUGGGGUAAAGAGCUUGACGCGAGCAGGUGCAGCAGCACCAACAGCAACAGCAGCAGCAGCAGCAGCAGCAGCAGCACCAACGGAGAAAGUAGAUUUAAGCAGGGCAGCGCAAACACAUCAGAUCUUGCUGCAGCGGCAGCACUGUUUCUCACAGCAUUAGAAAGGCGCCUUCUUGCCGCAGAUUGGCUCCAGCAGCAGCAGCAGCAGCAGCAGCAGCAGCAGCGCCUGCCGAAAAAUGCGCAUCGUUUCAGCCAAGGGCUUCCUUCAAGUCUGCCGACGGCACCGGGAGAAGCAGCAGCAGCAGCAGCAGCAGCAGCAACAGCAACAGCAAACGCGGCUUCAAGCUAUUUAUACGACUCGGUGCAACAGAAUUUGCUAGCGACAGCAGCAGACUCAGCAGCAGCGAAACCAGCAGCAGCAGUUCCAGCAGCAGCAAAUCCAGCAGCAGCAGACUCAGCACUAGCAGAUUCUGCAUCAGCCCAGCCACCCGCAGCAGAGCCAGCAGCAAGAGGCGCAGCAGCAGCAGAGCCAGCAGCAGCAAGUUUAGCAGCAGCAGAACCAGCAGAGGCACAGCCAGCAGCAGCAGCAGCAGCAAGAGAAAAAGUGCACAUUUCUGGCCGCGAUUUCGCGCUGCUGCUGCGCUGUUUAAUCUCUGUGCGAUUUCUUUCAAACAAUUUGCUUCAUAAAGCUUUGUGCUUCUUAGCAGCAAACCCCCCGGUGAUACAACAGAAGCAGCAGCAGCAGCAGCAGCAGCAGCAGCAGCGCGAGAGGGGGGCUCUAGGGGAUGUUGCUGCAACGGGGGAAGCAGGAGCUCCGCUGCUGCUCUCGCCUCAAGAUGCUGCGCUGCUGCUGUGGGCCAUCGGCACUGCUGCAGCUGCUGCACUGACUCCGCAGCAGCAGCAGCGCGUGAAUGGCAGAGGCAGCUUCCUGUUCAGCGUCUUGCCGGCUUCAGCCAGCCCAAAGUUUGCUGCUGCUGCUGCAGCUCCCGUGGCAGCAGCAGCAGCAGCAGCUGCUGCUGCCGCUGCUGCCCCGCAGCAGGAAACGCUAUCUGCAGAAGCAAAACACCAGCUCCGGAUGCAUCUGCGGCGUCUGGCGUCGCAGCUGCUGCUGAGCAGCAGUCUGGCGGGCCCUGGGUCGGCAGCAGCAGCACCUGAAGUCUCAGAAACCAGCAGCAGCAGCAGCAGCAGCAGCAGCAGCAGCAGCAGUGCAGACAGUCAAGCUGUGGCGAACGCGGUGUGGGGCCUCACCUGCUGCGGCUUGCUGCAGCACCGUCUGCUGAGGGCUUUCUCUGUUUCUCCCCCCUUUCGCUGCGGCUUCAUGAGCAGCAGCAGCAGCACGGAAAGAAGGCAGCUGCUGCAGGCAGCGCUGCUGCUGCGGCUGCAGCGUGCAAGGGCUCCUGCUGCAGCAGCAGCUUUUGCCGGCGCUGCAGGGCCUGCUGCCUUAGAACAGAUGCGGCAGGGUCAGCGCGCUGCUGCCAGCAGAGCAGCAGCUCUUCGCCGUUUCCCUGCAGCAGCAGCUGCUGCUGCAGCGAAGCUGCUGCCGCAGGCCAGCAGCGAACAAACAGUUUUAGAAGGAAAGACCAUUCCUUGCAGCAGCUGCAACACAAAAGGAACAGGCAGCGCCGUGAGGUCUUCUUUGCUGCAGCAGCAAGUACUGCGGGAGCUGCAGCAGAUGCUGCAACGUGCUGCUGCGGUGCUGCCGGCAGCAACCGGGAAAGCAACGGCGGCAGCAGCAAACGCAGCAGCAGCAGCAACGCAGCUUCCUUCUGCAGUUGAGGUUGUGCAUGAGUGCGCUGUGGGGCAUGGCCUACAAGUAGACAUUGCACUCCUGGCGCCACAGCAGAAGAAGCAGCAGCAAACGUUGCAGCAGCAAACACAGCUGCAGCAAUCUUCAGAGCAGCGUUUACAGCAGCAGCAGCAGCAGCAGCAAACCGGCACUUCUGGAGGCCGGUGUCACAGAAACUGCCGACGGCUUCGCAUUGCCAUUGAAGUCGACGGCCCCUCUCACUUCUUGCUGAGUGUGCAAGCGCCUGAAGUGGCCCACAUUAACAGCAGCAGGUGCUGCAGUUCUAGUAGCAGCAGCAGCAGCAACAGCAGCAGCAGCGGUGCUGCAGUGGUCGAGCUCAGGUCUGACGGAGGCACAGCUCUGAAGCGCCGCCUGCUGCAGCUCUUAGGCUACAAAGUCGUGCAGAUAUGUUUCUUAGAGUGGCAGCAGUUGCAGGGGAGAAGAAAGGAGCAGCAGCAGCUGCUGCAGCAGCAGCCAGCGCUGCAGCAGCUGCUGCAGCAGCUGCAGCAGCAGCAAUCGUCAGGGCUUGAAACCAGCUUAUAA